AUGAGUAAAAAGCAAGCUUCUUCUGUACGUGAUGCAAACUUUUCCAUCAACGAGACAUUUGGAGGCCGUUUACUGAAGGAAGAAGACCAAGUUUUUGAUUUUAAUGCCUGGGAUCAUGUAGAAUGGGACGAAGAGCAUUUGUCCAUGGCCGAGAAAAGGAUUGCGGAGCAAAAGGAAAACCCGGUUGUAAAUAAAGACGAAUAUAUGGCAAAUCCGAAUGAGUAUUGGGAUAGGUUCUAUGAGAAAAAUGAAGGAAACUUUUUUAUGAACCGAAGAUGGAUUGCUCAGGAAUUCCCAGACUUACUUCAACUUGUACAACCUGAUAUUGGACAAAAAGUGCUGCUAGAAGUAGGGUGUGGUGCAGGUAAUACCAUAUGGCCUAUAUUAGCAGAGAAUAAAAACAAAGAACUCAAAGUUUACCCUGUGGACUAUUCCAAGAAGGCUAUUGAUGUCGUGUAUCAAAAUCCUCUAUACGAUCCCAACCAUUGUCAUGCAUCUGUAUGGGAUUUAGCUGGACCAACGUUACCAGAAGGGCUUACCGAAAAUUCUACAGAUGCAGUUACCUUGAUAUUUUGUUUUUCUGCACUUUCACCUGAUCAAUGGAACCAAGCUGUUGACAAUCUGUACCGAGUACUAAAGCCUGGGGGAGUUAUCUUUUUCCGUGAUUAUGGACGUUUGGAUUUGACUCAGUUACGAGCAAAAAAGAAUAGGUAUUUGGAUGAAAAUUUCUAUAUUCGUGGUGAUGGUACCCGUGUUUACUAUCUUGACAAUGAUGAGAUCCAAAAGAUAUUUGGAGAAAAAUUCGAAAUCUGUCAAAACGGAGUCGAUAAAAGACUGAUUGUAAAUCGCAAGAAGAAAGUGAAGAUGUAUCGCUGCUGGCUUCAAGCGAAAUUCAGAAAAGAAUAA